AUGAUGCUAUGGGGAGCAGGACAGCCCAUUAACCUCAAGCGCACCGACAAGAUGAGGUUGGCAAAAGCACUAUGGGAGGAGGCGCUUCACAACCAAGACAUGGUCUCGGAUACAGACGCAAUCAUCUGGAGCGAAGAAGAAGUCAAGAAAUACGUCAAUGAACAUGGGUAUAACUUUACUAGGAUCUGCAGAAAGGUUCUCAACUGCGAUCUAAGCGGAGACGAGUGGGAUCCUAUGGGAUAUAUCAGAAUUCAUGGAAGCGAGGCCUGGCGGGUUGCCAUGUGGAAAGCUUGUGGACUGGAGCCGCCUCCAGUCGUAGAGCAAGAACCAGCGGAAAUUCCUGGAAAUUACGGCGCCUGGGAGCGCACAGCCAAAAGAGUGAGCGAGAAUCAAGGACGAUGA